GUCCAAAUCGCCCUCUUGCACCCCCGCCAAUGUACGGCUAUGGCUACCCGUACCCGCCAGCACCCCCAAUGCCCUACCCAGGCGGCCCGCCUUACUACGAUGAACGCUACGGCCCCUCGAUGGGCUACGGCAUGCCCUACUACUAUCCACCCCCACACAGUGGACGUUCUGACGGCUCUUACGCAUCCCCACUCUCCGAAUCUCCACCUCCUCGUCGAGAAACCAUCAAUCGCACCAAGGAUGGCGAACACGUCCCUCGCCCCAGGAACGCGUUCAUCUUCUUCCGCUCUCACCUGAUCAAUUCUGGUACCAUCCCUCACAGUCUCGAACCGGACCACCGCAACUUGUCGCGAAUUGCUGGCGAGAUGUGGAAAAAGCUAACAGCCAAGGAACGGGAACCUUUCAACAAAAUGGCCGACGACGAGAAGGCCGAACACAAGAAGAAGUACCCUAACUACCGCUACGCGCCUGCGCAGCGCACCGUCCACCACACGGUCCUCGAUGGUAACAGGCGGAAGGUGCACCGUCGGCCCGAGGCUGACGAGCAAGAGAGACGCCGGUGCGCGGAGAUGGCCGAAUUGGUACACAAGGGAGUCAGUGGCGAAGCUCUCGAGGCUGCCAUGAAGGGAAAAGGCCACUUUGCCGACCCCUCUGCUCCGAAGCGUAAGCGCAUGCGCUAUCGCGAGCCUGACUCAGACGACGACGACGAGCGCCAUCCUCAAGUGGCGCCAGCGUACCGCAACUCCGCUAUGUCCCGCAGACGUGAAGCUGAUCAGAACGAUAGGCAGGAGGCUCAGGUCCCUAACCCGCAUUACAUGAAUCCGCAGAUGGUCGGGAAAGCCCCAGCCCCGCCGUUCUACGCUGGACGAGACGCUCCCUCCGCUUUCAGCGUCACUCGCGACGAACCACCUGCGACGCCUUUAGACGGACGUCUGGAGCCCUUCCAGUUGCUCUCAGAACAGAGUCGCCCUCCUUCUGCCAACAACGUACAAGCGAACGGCAAGACUGUGAGCGCUGCACCGAGCGCGCCCAUCACGGUUCUCAAGGUCGAGCCGCAAGCCCCAGAGGACCAUGAGGCUUCUCCAUUGUCUUCGCCUUCCACAUCUGCCCACGAGCCAGUCAUGUCCAACGGCGAUAUGUCAUAUUAUCUCCGCGGCAUUGCCCAGAUGGACGGCUUCCUCACCGCUAGUGGCUGAAGCGCAACCGAUCAACUUCUGAUAGUUUCUACUUCCAAUCUUGCGCCGAUUGCUUCUUUGUUUCGAGAAUGCACAUUCCAAUCACGCGAUGAAGCGCGUUUGUCGGUUUCUUUCCUGCGAUCUCUCCAAACGCACUGUGCCGCGACCUAGUGUCAACGACAUCGAGGGUGCGCCUAAAGUACCACUUUUCCUAUUUUUUCCUCCCCUUCGAGCCUGGCCUUGCAAACUUGCAUCGUCAGUCGACCACUCUGUGCUGUUAUCCCAAUUCCAUUCCAUUCCUCUAAGCUUCACUUCCCAUGUCCCAAUUUCAAACUGACCAAAUCGGUCUUAUACGCGUAGCCGUCAACCGUAUAUGGUAGAAACUGUUGUCAAUGUUAA